CGGCCCGGCUGAAAAGGAGGGAUCGCCCGCCCGCCCGCCCGGCGCCCCCCCAGCCCUCGGUGCUGCCCCACGGGCGUCCCGCACCAUGGCGCUGUCCUGGAGGAGCUGGCUGGCCAACGAGGGGAGCAAGCACCUCUUUCUGUUUUUCUGGCUCUCCCUCAAUGUAUGGCUCUUCUGGAAAACCUUCCUGCUCUAUUAUCAAGGGCUACAGUAUUAUUAUUUGUAUCAGAUGUUAGGGCUAGGAUUGUGUGUUAGCAGAGCUUCAGCAUCUGUCCUCAAUCUCAACUGCUGCCUGGUCCUUCUACCAAUGUGCCGCGUUAUCUUGGCCUUCCUGCGAGGAUCUCAGAAGGUUGCCAGCAAGAAAACCAGAAGGCUGCUAGACAAAAGUAAAACUUUCCAUGUGACAUGUGGUGUUACAAUAUGCAUCUUUUCAGUCUUACAUGUUGCUGCUCAUCUGGUGAAUGCUCUUAACUUCUCUGAGAACUACAAUGAAGAAUUUCUGGCCCUAAAUGCAGCAAACUAUCGUGGUGAGGACCCAAGGAAACUACUUUUUGCAACUGUUCCAGGUCUGACUGGAGUCAUUAUGGUGCUAGUAUUAUUCCUAAUGUGUACAGCUUCCACGUUUGCUAUCAGGGUUUCAAACUAUGACAUCUUCUGGUAUACACACAACCUUUUCUUUGUCUUCUAUAUGCUGCUGAUGCUGCACGUUUCUGGGGGAGUGCUCAAGUACCAGACGAACUUAGAGGAACACCCUCCUGGUUGCUUUAAUCCUAACAAAACGCUCCGACAGAAUCUGACUGUGCCAAAGGCUUUCGAAGAGCUGUUUCCUGACUAUGCUACUGAGCCUUUCCCAGAAGACUUCCCAGUACCAGAACCCUUUGUACAAAAUCACUUUAUGAGAAUUUGUUCCGAGGAACCCAAGUUCCAGUCACACUUCCCAGAGACCUGGUUUUGGAUUUCUGGACCCCUGUGCUUGUACUGUGUGGAAAGGCUGUACCGCUACAUCCGCAGCAAUAAACCAGUCACAAUAACUUCGGUAAUAAGCCAUCCCUCCAAUGUCCUUGAAGUAAGGAUGAUGAAAGAUGACUUUGAAGCAAGGCCUGGUCAGUAUGUUAUUCUACACUGUCCAAGAGUGUCUGCCCUGGAAAGCCAUCCAUUCACCCUUACAAUGUGCCCUACAGAUACCAAAGCAACGUUUGGGGUCCACGUAAAAAUAGUAGGAGACUGGACAGAAAGAUUUCGGGAUUUACUGCUUCUACAUUCAAAUCAAGAUACAGAGAUUCUGCCCAUCUUUCAGCAGAGACGCUAUCCCAAACUGUAUGUGGAUGGACCUUUUGGAAGUCCCUUUGAGGAAGCCCUGAACUACGAGGUCAGUCUCUGCGUGGCUGGAGGUAUUGGAGUUACACCAUUUGCAUCAGUACUCAACACACUGCUGGACGGCUGGAAAUGCUACAAGCUCAGAAGACUCUACUUCAUUUGGGUGUGCAGGGACAUUGAAUCUUUUCGCUGGUUUGCAGAUCUGCUCUGUAUGUUGCAUAACAAGCUUUGGCAGGAGAAUCGGCCAGACUAUAUUAAUAUCCAGCUGUACCUCAGUCAAACAGAUGGAAUACAGAAAAUAAUUGGUGAAAAAUAUCAAGCUUUAAACUCCAGGCUUUUGAUUGGACGACCCCAGUGGAAACUCCUGUUUGAUGACAUAGCAAAGUGUAACAGGCGGAAGACCAUUGGAGUUUUCUGUUGUGGACCAAACAAAAUCUCUAAGAUACUUCAUAAACUGAGCAACAGCAGCAACUCUUAUGGGACAAGGUUUGAGUACAAUAAAGAAUCCUUCAGCUGAAAGUCUGUUGGACUAGCAAGACUCACCGGAAGAUAAAAGUGCAAUUUUUUAUUUUGUACAACUUAGAAGUUCAUCUGUGGUUUAAACAGAUAGAAAUGUACCAAAGUGUAGCACAGAUGUUUUUAUUUAUGAUUAUUUAAGACUGUGAAUGCAGCAGUAUACCAACAAAUAAUCAGUGCUUAUACUCAAAUGCGCUCACACAAUAUUUGUGGCAGGAGUGAUCUUUGGAGUUGUUUCUGUUAAUUAAAAAGUACAGAAGCUGGGGAGAGACAUAAUUGUUUCGAAAGCUGACGGGAGGAAGAAUCUGUGGAACGUUUAAACUUCUUCCACUUCAAACUUCUUCCACUUCAGUCCUCUGAAACUGUAUCAGUAAACCAAAUCCCAGGUUUAUCCAAAUGACAAAUCAUAGUGUAUUACAAAGACUCUUGCUUUUGUUGGUAUUAAAAUCUCAUGGCUUUGGGGUGAAAACACUCCAUAUUAAAGAUUUUAUUAUAUAUUGCAGAACUGGGAUUCUAUAUUUAAAAUAUAGAGUGUUACUCUCACUAGUCUACUUCUAUAAUGAAGUUAACCUAAGGAAAUGUGAGCAUAACUGUGUAGCACCAGUGGGCAGCCUUCACCGUGAUGUCAGUCACAGCCUUUUGGCAAGCAGCAGCUAUACAUGCAGAACUCUCUAUCUUGCAUCAAUUCAGCAUUCAGUGGGUUUGCAGAGUAAGUAUGAUUUAUGGAGCAAGAAAGUGAUGAACACGAGCAGAUAGGCACUCAAGUUUUUAUUAUACUACACAAUGUGGAAGAUGCACUCACUCUGCAUUCACAUGCCCUGAAUGUCAAAUACCUAAAGAUGCUCUUACUGAUUAUUUUACAAGGCAGCAGGUUGAAAUCCAGUUUUAGAGGUCCCAGUAUAUUUGGUUGACUAUGAUCUUUUGAUUACUUUCCCUGGAACCACCUUUGUUUGCCCUGAUGUCACUAAAAGCAGGAGGAGAUGAGAUGAGAUCUACAGCAGAGUAAGAAUGAAGUCCUCAGCACUGUGGCUCCUUGAAUGGUGUGUGCAGACAGAAACCUUACAGGAGCUGCAGUAUGCUUUCAGUACGCUCCAAAGGGGAAAAUCUGAAACAUCCAAAUUUAAGCUCUCCUUCCCUUCUCCUUUCCACAUCUAUUUUCUGCUCAUAAUUGCCAUGGAAGGGCUAAAGGUUGAAACAGGCACUUUAUAACCUUUUGGUUCUGAGGAGCAUGUUUUUUUAUCUCUAUCCAAUAGCCUAUCCAACUUUAUUUCUUCUUUUCUCCCUUUUCCUUAUUUUGCCAAGAAGAGGGCAUUUAAGCAGGAGUUAGACACUUAGCUGGUGUAAAUAAUCACCGCUCUAGUGCCUCCUAAUAGAGCAGCAUCACUAACAUGCUGAAAACCUUCCCCUUAAUCUCCAGCAGAAGUUUGGGAGCAGGACCAUGUAGUGUUUCCAGCAUACACAGGUGGCAGAUGGCUCAAGAAGUCUCGUGCCUGUGGUUCACCUGUAUUUAGCACAGUGCAUUUGAUUUCAUUUAUGUCUUUCCAUUGACAAACUUUUUUAUUUUAGUGGAAAAUACACUAAAAUUUCACUCACAAUGCGCACACUGUUCAGGAGUUUGCAAGUAUCAGUAUUAAUGUUCAGAGGGAAGCAUUUUUCUAGUAGGUGGUGUAUAGGCAUGUUGUAUGUGUAACUAGUGAGAAUGAGUUGGGUCUUUACCUUGGCAGCUUCUGCAAAGGAGUUGCAUUCAGUGAGUAUCAGGGUGGAGUUUCAUCAGUAAAGCCACAUUGGAAUGUGUUCCUCAGUGUCUGGACUUGCAACUGGAGUUUUUACCUCUGGCUCUAUCCAAUUUGAAAUUCACGGAGGAAGGAAAGAACAGAGAUGGAUGAAUUCCUACUGAUGAGAAUUCUCGAAGUAGCCCAGAUGAGAGAAGUCAAAAUAGAAAUGCAGUGUGAGAUGGGAGCCUACAUUAAAGCUACUGAUUUUAAUUUUUUUCUUUUUGAGGCUGGGAGGACCAUUAUUUUCCUAUUGGAUAUCAUUCACCCAUUAUUGUAAAACUAGAGGUAUGCAGCAAAGGAUUAGACACUUUUUAAACAGUAAGAUUUGUUUCUAAUACUACCUGCAUAGAUCAUGGUUAAAAUCAUGCCUACAUCUAUUAACCACAACCAGACAGUGAUCUUUUCCUCUUGCUUCAGGAUCUAGUAUCUCAUGCUUUUGAAUUACAGUUUAGAGUCUUUUAAUCACAAAGUUGUUUGUGGUUUCACAUCUCCUCUCUGAUAGAUAUCGGUUCCAUUACCAUAUAAUGAGCAGCUAGUUUUGCAGUUAGCUCUGUGGUAAAGCAGAUUAUAUUUUCUGGCUCAGCUUCUUUAUAGGUAACACUUUAUAAUUAAAAUAGUAGUGCUAGUACUGUGCUCUUGUUCUGCAUUGUAACAGGAGUCAUGGCUGCAUGUAGGCAUAUUAAACACCUGUUGUUACAUUAGGAUGUGCUGUCAUUGCAAGAUCUAAGCAGAUCCAGGCUCUUCCCUUUCCGUCUUCAUGUGGUGUCAGCCUCAGAUGUUUGUUUGAUCCACUUGUAAAACAAGCUCUGGACUGUCUGCCUUUCUAGAGUGUUGUGAGGCUUAAUUAAUGUUUUGGGAUCACUUCAGUGCACAAGCAGUAAAAAGAUCUGUCUAAUUGUUAUGCAAAUGUACUUGUGUUUUAUUUUGGGUAAACCUUUCUAUUAAUCAUAUGAGUAAUCUCUAGACAAGAUGCGGCUGACUUUGGAGUCUAAAAGCCUCAACUGCUUUUUUUUCUUGAGCUAUAGCUCUGUUAGAGGGGCAAAAGGCUUCAGAGUUGUUAGUGACUGUGACUUGGCUUCAGGAGUGGCAGAUAUUAUGAUACACAAUCUUUCUACAGGCUGUGUUGUCAUUGCUGUUUCUGAGUGUGUCUCCAUCUUGCAAAACAAAGUCAGGCCCUCUUUUAAACUCUGUUACUUUUUUAUCUGUAAGCCAAGUGUAUGUGAAAAUAUAACUCAGUGCCAGACAAGUAAGUGAAAGCUGACAGCACUUAAUUCCACAUUUGCAGAUCGACUGAAUUUACGUAACUGAGCAUCACUUUGCACUUUAUACUGUGUCCUGUGAGUUCAUCAUAAGUGUCCCGCUGGCAAGGGAAGGAUCCCACCAUGAAUUCUGCUUCUUCUGACUCAGUCACAAAGCUGCAGGCCCAUCAGUGUUUGCUCAGCAGGAUCAUUGUGUUUUAUUCAUCAGAAAUGUUUCAGGGCUGUUUUUUUAAAGCAAGAAUGUUUCCAUGCCAUGAUGCAAACCAAGCCCUUUCCCUGCAUUGGGAAUCCAGCCCUCAUGCAGCAGUGUGGGACUCAGGGCUUUACACAGCUAACAGCUGGAUUAAUCAGAUUUACCCAAGACAUCCUAUUCCCAUAGCACUGAUAUUGCUUGUGUGAGUAAAUGUCCACUGCCACAACAAAGGAGUGCAGAGACGAACCCUAAUGUUGUGUGGGAAGGCCUGAUGAGGACUGACUUUCACCUCUGAAGUCUGCAAGACAGCCUGUCCCUCCACAAUGAUUAUUCCAGCCCUGUAUUUGAAGCAACACUUCCCUGUUUCAGUAUGUGGUACUACUACUAGCAUGUGAGUUCUUCCAGGGUCUUUUAUCUGCUCUUCUAGAAGACAGGACUGAAAGCAGUAUGAGAGAUCACAACAAACAACUUUGAACCUGGGCUGGGAGAGGACACCACUGCAUACCACAGACACCUAGCUGAUGACUUCACUGCUUACGGUAGAAAAUUUAAGCCAAAUCCAUUUUUCUGCAAAAUGCUGAUUGUUUUGCCACAACAGACUAAAGAACAGUUGCUUUAAAGGGAAAACAGAUAAAUCCUCUCUCUGAAGACUUCUAUCUGCACAAACCUGAUGUGAAGAUGUGUGUGAAAGCACUGUACACAUUGUUAUUACAAGGGUAUGUAAUGAUAGAAUAAGGGGUAAUGGCUUUAAACUGAAAGAGAGCAGGUUUAGAUUUGAUAUUAAGAAGGAAUUCUCUUCUGUGAGGGUGGUGAGACACUGGCAUAGGUUGCCCAGAAAAGUUGUCAUUGCCCCAUCCCUAGAAAUGUUCAAGGCCAGACUGGAUGGGGCUUUGAGUAACCUGAGGGGUCAACCUGCCCAUGGUAGGCGGGUUGGAACUAGAUGGUCUUGAAGAUCUCUUCUAACCCAGUCCAUUCUAUGACUCUGUGAUUCUUUGAUUCUAUGAUUCUAUGAUUUCAGUUUCCACUGCAUCCUCAUCAUGGGCUUACACUCUCAGCUCUAAAUCCCCAUUGUUUUAUUUGGUUGCAUAUAUUCACCCACCUUGUUAGCAGAUGUGUCUUGCAGGUAAGGGAAGUACUACGUAUAUUUACAUCCAUGCACAGUCUGAUCUAAGCAUGGAGCAACCUGUGAACACUUUUUACAACCAGUGCAAGCAAGUGCAGAAGCUGUCUAUUUGCUCCUAAUCCUGCUAGCACAUAGGUGAGAAGGAGAUUUGGAGUUGGCUGAGAAGGGGCAGAUAAUAUGAGUAGCAGAUGAGCCACAUUGGAGACAGUAAUUCAGCUGUAACAGCCUAACAGAGCACAGAAGUGAUGGUUUGGUAAGACUUGUAGAACAGCAGCCUAAGAGAAAAACUUCUACUCAACAUUAACACACCAGAUUUUAGUUUCAAACUGCAAGACAUGAUUUAGGAGAAGCAGGCACGUGUCUAACUAGUCAUUGCCUAUAGCAGUUCAAGGCUCAUAAGUCAGUUAUUAAAAUGCAAUGUUUACCUUUUUUUUUUAAAAAAGGGCUUCUAGGGAGAUUAAUUUUCACUUCAGCCUGGCAAUCAUUUCACAAACUUGCCAGUGUGAUAUAAGACAAACUGGAUCUAUUCUUCUCUGGAUUAUACAUCUGAUUUGUCUGCAGAUUUUCCACCUCACAGUUUAAACCAGUUUUUAUUGUUUUAGCAAAGAGGAUUUAACAACAAGGUUUAAUAUAAAUGCCGCUGGUGCCUGUGCAGAACUGAGAUUUUCUGCUAUGAAUGUACAUUUUUCAGGGAUAUAUAUAAUAUAGCUGAUGACUCAACUGUGAAUGGUGAUUUGGGAUUUGCAUCAUCUCUGCUGCUGGUGUAUUUCAUUAAGGCCACUAUGGUGAUGCACUGGUGAGAUGCAUGGAGCUGAAAUGAGACUCCUCAUUCCCAUAAAGAGUCUGAUAUUUUAGUGCCCGUACUAAGCUUAGUAAAUCCUAGAAACUCUGGAAUUUCCUUUGCAGGUACAAAAGAUUAAUUAGACAGCAUCUUUUAAGGUUAAAUCCUGAAUCCUCUGCUGGACUGACAUGUAUAAUAAAUGCUCUUACACACCGAUUUUGAGCAAAAAAUGCUUCUCCUUAAAGGGCUGGAUGAGUAUUUGUGAAGGUUUACUGUCCUGCUAGUUAUAUCACCCAUGUUGUAAGAAGGAUGGGAUCCAUUUUGGUACCAAGAAAUGCACUUCCUCUGAUGUAUGAGUAUCUCCAAUCUUGCAAUAGAUCUCAAGGUUUGCUGUGCCUGAAGUGUUAUAUUCUCUAGAAGGAUCCUAUUUGUAAGAAACAGAUGCUGGAUCUGUACUAAGGGCAGUGGAUCUGUCCCAUUAUUUCAUGGGCACAGAGAGAAAGCUGGAAAAAGCCACUCAUCCCAAUUGCAGAUUGCUUCUUGACAGAGCGCUUGGAUAAGAGGGAAGCCUGGUCCUGAUGCUUCAGGUAAACUGCUGUCAACUAAAGAGCAAAUCAAGGAGGGCAACAAUGAACAAGAUAAAAUAUUUUGAACCUGAGAGCCAAGGGGAAGGAGGAGACAUUCUUCUUGGCUUCUCAAUUUUAGAAAUUAAAAGCAAACCCCAUUUUCUAGAUGUACAUACAGUCUCUCCCUGGGGGUUGAGAGCUAAUAUAUGCAAAAGUCUUGCAUUUCCAUGCACAACUCAGUGCUAAAGCCCAGAAGAAAACUAGUAUACUUUAGCAAACAACUUGGAAAUAAGCAAUUUGUUUGAAACAAACCCUUUACUCUUUCAAGUUAACCCAUUUAAAAAAAAAUCUACUUCUUUUCUGCAGCUUUGGAAUUGGGAAUAGCUUUACACGUUAACUCCUUUUCACCAAAAUACUUGAGUGUAGAGUUCUCCUUGUCAGCUGCAAGUAAUGUUGACAGUUCAAUAAAUAAAUUUUGUGUUUGUUGCUGCUGACCCCAGGAAAGGGCAGCCUUGAGGAUGAGAAGCAGUGUUACAUAAAUGUCUAGCAUACAUAGCAACACUAGGCAGGGAGACGCUGCUGCAUCGCUUUUGGUGCACCAGUCACACAUUAAAAUUCUGUCACUGCAAGGUCACGUUGCUCAUCUCAUACUCUGCAACCCUGAGGAAGAAAUUUGGAUGAGAGGUGGAGGAGGAAAAGCGAAAAUUUCCUCCUGGUGCUGUAACCAAGAAUAUAUUCAUUGACAGCAGGGCAUAUAUUUUGAUUGCAAAAGAGCAUGCCAUUUAUUUAUUUUUUCAGGGAUAACGGAUUUCCUGCUGGUGCUGUGUCAUGGUGUUCGCAUGUUAGAAGUGUAACACAGUGAUAAUGGGUUGCUUUUGAACUGAAUAAAUAACACCUCUGAGCUUUUUCUGUUCCCUUUAAUAGUCUGAGAGAAAUGCAAAAUGCCAGAGUGCAUAUAUAGUGGACUGUGUCCCGAGCUACACUCGGCACAGCCUGGUUAGGGAUGCUGCACAGAAGCUCUGCGAGCUGCUGGGAAGAGGUGAGGUUUAAGGCAAAGAGGUGAACAACUGUUUUAAGGAGAACACAGUAGUGAUACAUGAUCUAUAGUCAGAAGCAGGCCAUGUCACAUCGUCUGUCACAUCUUUGAAUGGUGCUGAGUCAGAGCCAGCCCUAGAUAUCCUUUGGCAUCAGGGAAAAUGAGGUGCUCUUGGAUUGGGUCUGCACUGCGAGAGGAAAGGCAGUUUAAACGCAGCUAAGCAAGCCUCCCAUGUGCACUUUCCAGCUUGGAGCUCAGAGCUGUCAUACCUGAGGGUAAAUUGUGUAGACAAUGAGCUGGUCUGACCUAUGAGUACAGUCAGAGUUGUAUGGUUAGCUGAGGGCAUGGGCAUACCCUCUGUAUUUCUCCAGCUUUGUAGAAGCACGUUGCUCAGGGACAGGGAAGUGGAGUAUGUUAUUGUGCCUCAUUGAGUGUUAGAUGCUUGAAAGCACAUACUGUCUAAAACAGAUCAGGAUGGUAAAUGCCAGCUUCCACCAACAACUGCCCAUGUUUGCACUAGUGUUCAUGAGGAAUAAAUGGCAAAACCUUUGCAGGAAGACAAAAGUUCUAUGUUUUUCUUUUAUUGUGUUAGAACAACAUAAUUAACUGUUAAUAAAUAUUUGCUAUCAAUGUGAAGAUUCACCUAUGAUAUUAUUCUUUUUUGACUGCUUAAGCUCUAGUAACUGUUUGAUACACACUUUUUGACAAAAACAUAAUGUCCCAAAGCUUAAAAACGUGGCUGAGAUGCAACUUGGCAAGAGGUCUCCACCUGAUAGGGAAAUAUCAUCUGUUGGAACUGGAUGCAUCUUGGUCUACUUCUGUCUUCAUAGGAGGAUUAGAGGGAGCUGAGCUUUUAGAUCCAUCUCUUCCUCUCUGCAUAUAACCUAAGCCUUCACCUAGAGGUGCACUAUAACCUUUGGAUCACUGGAUGCAUUGUCGUCCACGUGUCACAUAGUCCUCCUUUUGUGCUCUUCCUCCCUCCAUAGUACAUAUUUUAUCAAGAGGCCUCUUCCACUCUCUGCUUUUCCCUUAACUCAGAAAAAUGCCACUUUGGGAAAUGCAGAGGUCCUCAGUUUUAAACAAAAUACACCAGCCUUUAUAAUUCUCCUAGUGUAGAAGCAUUCAAAAGUGCAAUCCACAAGCCAAUGGGGCUCUUGUAUUCACUUUGAUGGGUGCAGCAUCCCAAUGAUGGAGAUGCAUUUUAGAAUGAGAAGAAAGUCAGUGUUAUGAGGGCAGCAGUGUUAUGUAGAAAAUGAGGACAACUCAUAACAGCAAAGGUGUUUUCAUCUUCUGAAUGAGAAUCAGGGAUUUGGUUUUUUGAAAGUCAGAUAAUUUGUGGCUACCACUGAAAUUGAAUCAUAUUUCUGCUUUCACACUUAGGCAUUUCAGGACAUUGGGCAGUGAUAGAAAGGGUUUAUUUUUUUCAAUUACAUUUGAUAUUUCCAUACAGCCUUUAGUUUAUCAACUGCAUAUAAAUUCCUCCUUUCAUUGAUUAAAUAUUUCCUCGCCUGGUUUCUUUGCUUCAGGGAGCUUGAGAGCUCAUUGUUUAUAAAGGGAAAGAAGUAUUGUGCUACUAAGCAGGCAACUCUCAACACAUAUUCAGCUCUGCAUCUUCGAGAAGGAGACACUGAGGCUGCUGCGAGUGCAGAAGGACAGAGUUUUCACUGAGAUUCAGAUAUGACUGAGACCCUCUUCCAGGAUUUAUACGUUGAUGAAGCUCUGGGCUUAUUAACUAGCUUUUUCUGAAAUGAGUAGCCUUAGCCCAUUUGUGCCAGGUUGUGAAACCUUUAAUCCCACUGAGUUUUUCUCUGCCUGUGUUCCUUCUGAUCAUUUGCAAGAACAAAUUUGAUGAAGCACAGUUGGUAAGAAAUAGUUCUGUUGGUCUGUGAUAGUUGAGUAGAAAAGUCAUAAUUGUGACAUCUUCCCUCAAACUGAUGUCCAAAAAAAGUAUUUUGAGUAGCUCAGCUGUAUUAGUUCCAUGAUGUGUAUAAGGGUUUGUUUUUUUCAUGUUCUGUGAUUUUAGAUCGCUUAUGUAAAACUAAUUUCAUUUCAGAACCAAACAAAACAAACCAACCAACCAACAACAAAAACAACAAAAAAAACCCACAGAAAACCACAAACAAACAAACAAAAACAAACAAACAAAAAACCCAAACCAAACAAAAAAAUAAACCAGAAUGCUCAGUGUCCCCUGAUUUACUUGGGAAAUGUUAGCAUGUCCAAAACAUGUCUGUUUUAAAAGAAUUCUUCCAAGAUGCUUAGAAGAAGGACGGAAACCAUCUGGAUAAAACUUUCUAACAACAAGGCAUUUUUUGGGUUUGUGGUUUUUUUCUUUCCAACCUUCAUAAGAGAAAAAAUACAGUUCAAAUUAAGCAAUAGUGCCACAGUCUGAGCUACAAAAAUUCAAUAUCUUCCUUUUAAAGCAAGGCAUUUCUCUAGGAUCAUGCCUGGGUUCAGAUGAUGUCUACACUGUCAUCUGAACCUUCAAGGCAAUGUCUGGGGCAGGUCUAGCCUUGGGUUGCUGUCAGAAAGAAGACAUGAUCCAUUUUCCUCUCACUUUCAGUAAUUAUUUGUCACUCAACAGCCAUGUGAGAGUUUGAUGUGGUAAAUGACCGAGAACUGGAGCCAGUGGUAUGAGCGAAAAGACCUUAGCCUGUUAUCCCGCUAGUCAAAGUAAUCAAAAUCCAGUCUCGGGAAGGAAGAUUAAACUCUUGCCAUCUCUAAAAUUUGAAGAAAGCAACAAACUAAGGUCAACUCUCCAUUUUUUUUUUUUU